AUGCAAGUGCCUAUCUUCCGGCUGCAAUGCGGAAAGAUCGGUGAAGAAUCCGCUGCGGCAAGAUACGCGGCUGCAACCCCUUCAACCGACCUUUCUAUUCAAAAUGACAAACCAUACGCAGAGCUAUGGAUGGGCACUCACCCUUCUCUCCCGUCCAAAGACCUUCAAACCAAAAGGACUUUGCUCGACCUGGUGCAGAAUAACCCAGAACUGAUGUCACAAGAAAUUAUGACCCGGUAUAAAGGGAAAUUACCAUUCCUGUUCAAAGUCCUUUCCAUUCGGAAAGCUCUUUCAAUCCAAGCACACCCAAACAAACAUCUGGCAGCUGUUCUUCACCAGAGGGAUCCGCGCAACUAUCCAGAUGAUAAUCACAAACCGGAAAUGACUAUUGCCAUCACCCCUUUCGAGGGCUUGUGUGGCUUCCGUCCUUUGGUUGAAAUUGUCCACUUCCUGCGUGUCCUAGAACCAUUGAGAGAGCUUGUUGGAUCAGAGGCUGCGGAAGCCUUUGAGAGGGUGGUUAGUGGUCAAGAGCAGCCUGAGGAUGCAGCCUCCACAGAGAAGAACAAAGCGGCUCUAAAAACUUUAUUUACCAAGCUGAUGACCUCUACCCCAGAGGCAAUAUCUUCGGCUGCGGAGAAACUAAUAUCUACCGCCAAAGCCUCCCCAAGCACAUUCGGCAUGUCGGAAUCCAACCCCUCAACCAAUCCUUCCAACCCAGAGGAGAUAGCAGCAGUAGCCAUUCGCCUAAAUGAGCAGUUCCCCAACGAUAUCGGACUAUUCGUCUUUUUUUUCCUCAACUUCGUUAAACUGUCUCCAGGCGAAGCCAUGUUUCUUAAAGCAGAUGAUAUCCACGCAUACAUUUCCGGCGAUAUUAUCGAGUGCAUGGCCUCCUCUGACAAUGUUGUUCGAGCCGGCUUUACUCCCAAGUUCAAAGACGUCUCCACGCUGACCGAUAUGCUCACAUACAAUUAUGCCCCCAUCCAAGAGCAAAAAAUGGAGCCAACAGAUUACCCCUACGCGACGUUGAAUUCAAUCGCGUACUUGAGCGGCUCAUCGUCCUUGCUAUAUGAUCCACCAAUUGAAGAGUUUGCUGUUGUCAAGACGGAUUUGAGACGUCGUGGUGCUAAGGCUACAUUUGACCCGAUCAAUGGUCCCAGUAUCUUCAUUUGUACGAGCGGCCAAGGGAACAUAAGUGUAGGGCCAGGAAAGACUGAAGAGGCCAAGGCGGGCUAUGUGUUUUUUGUUGGGGCUAGAGCUGAAUGCGUGAUUGAAAGCACUGCACUGGAGGAUAAUGAAGUGCCCUUCACUACUUUCAGAGCAUUUUGUGAACUGGACCGUUCUGAAGAUGUGAUCAAUGGACAUCUGUGA